AUGAUAUUAUCGCUGAUUACUAUCCUUUCAAUUUCAAUCCUAAAUUCUGACUCAAUUGAUCCAGAAGAAUGUAUGAAAAACUAUAUCAAUUCGAUUCAAAACCAAACUUUCAAACACUUUCUCACUGAUGAUUUUGCAAUUUAUAAUUGUGGAGGAAAACCGAUUAGCUAUUCAGAUUUCCAACGAGAAGCAUUGAGAAAAUUGUGGGAUGGUUUAAGUCCAAUUCCGAUUCGAGAAUACAAAAUCAAAUCAGUGAAUCAAACAAAAUUCAAUGUUGAAGUUCAAUUUUCAAUUCGUGGUGAGAAAAAAGUGGCAAAUAUUGAAAUUGAAACUACAAUAUCCGAUGAUAAAGUAUGUAGAAUAAAAAGUGAAAGACAGAAAAAAUAUUUUUCGCGAGACAGAAAAUAUUAUUCCUCGUUUCUCAUUGAUUAUGAAAAAUUAUUCGGCAAAAAAGCACAAAACCUGCUCGAAGAAUACAUCGGGAAUCUAGAAAUCGGCAAAUUUUCAAACAAUUUCAAAAUUGUGAGAAGGUUUUCCAAGAAUUCAACAGCUAUUCAACCACUUCUCAAAUUAAUUCACAAAAAAAUUCCAACAAUUUCUUCAAAUCGAUAUUUUAUUGAACAAUCUUAUGAACCAAAUUUGGAUUUUCUUGUGACAAUUGAUGAUGGAAAAUUGAAGGUGGAAUUUUUUGUAGUUAUAAAUGAUCAGGGCGAUUUUGAAAUUCGAAUUGAAAGACAACCACAUUGGGAAACUCAAGAAUCAAUUAUUCCAUGGUUUACUUCGGCAUUUAUUGAUUAUCCUAGAACUUACGAAAGAAUAGUUGAAGAAUUGAUUGAAAAGUUUAGAAAUUCUAUUAAAACAAAAGAAAUUGAAGAUGAUAUUUUCUCGAUAUUAAAUUUGACUAGUUCAGAAAUGGGAUAUUUUUCCUCGUUUUAUUCUGUACUUUAUUAUGACUCAUCUCUGGAAAAACAACAAUUUUCAUAUCAAAAUUAUGAUGAAAAACAGCUUGAUUUUAGUAUCAAAUUUGAAAAUAACAAGUUUAAUUUAUUGAUAGAUGAAGAAAUGACUAUGGUUGAUUAUUUUAAUCGAAUUUAUGAAGAUAUCGCUAGAAAUUUGAUGGAUGAAUAUAAAAAUGUUCUAUGCUGGAAGAUCAAAAUAAAGAAAUUUUCAAUGAGAAAUUCAAGUUAUGCGAUUGCUCAAAAGGAUGUAUGA